ACCGCGGUCCUUGCAUCCGGGCGCUUUGCUGCACGCUGUCGGGAAGCAUGGAGGUCCACACCGAGCUCGUGGCCGGCGGGAGCUCUUCGCCAUCCACUCAAGGUUGCUCGAGGGCGUCAGUGUCCAAAGAGCUGUUGACGGCGGGGAGCGAAGGCGGAGGAGGUAUAUUGAACAGGCUACUCAUCAACUCAAAGCCUGACCCCAGAAAGACCUCUACUCUUAAGACAGUUCGUAUAGAGAGAAGUCCAUUAUUAGACCAAGUACAGACCUUUCUCCCACAGAUGGCCCAGGCAAAUGAAAAGUUACAGAAAGAAAUGGCAGUUGCUCCACCUGGCCGUUUCAACAUUGAAAAUAUUGAUGGGACUCUUGAAAAUGUUAUACAAAUGGAUGUGGCGUUAUUUGAGAUGAAUCAGUCAGAUUCAAAAGAAGAGGAUAGUUCAGAAGAGAGUUCAGAGGACACUUCUGAGGACAGUUCGGAGUCCGAGGAUGAAGAGAACAGUGCCCCCUGUGAAGUCACCAUAGAUACCAUUAAGCUUCCGAAUUCAGGAGGUGGAAUAGGCAAGAUUGAAGUUUUGGACAGUCUGGCAAGUGAUGAAAAGAAAGAAAUUAUUUGAAAAUCA